AUGUCGAACGCAAUGUAUAAUAAGAUGUGGCAUCAGACCCAAGAAGCCCUCAAUUCUUUGCUUGAUAAAGAGUCUCAGAACACGAUGGAAUCACAAAGCAAUCAAGUUUUCAUCUUCCAAAUGUUGGCCACCUUCUACAUAAAAUACGUGCAGAUCUUCAGAAACCUGGAGGAUGUCUAUGACCAGAUCGUCCACCCGCAGAAGCGAAUAUUGAUCCGAAAAAUACUGGACGGAGUGAUGGGUCGCGUCCUGGAACUGAAGAAUGAAAUGGUGGAAUUGGAAUUAACGGAGUUUCAUUAUUUUGAUGACAUCCUACAGGAUCUAAAGUUGGCUCCUCAACAAUUAGAUAUUCCCAUUCCCAAGUAUUUUUUGAAGGAGAAGCUGGAAGUCAUCAAAGGAAGAGAGAAAAUCCUUGCUCAGAUAUUGGCCAACACUGGACUAGAUAUACCUGAAAAGAAAUACACCGUAAAGGGUAUCCCCCUAGAAGAGGCUGUUAAACUAAUCCAGAUCGCUGAGAGAGCACGGCAAGGUCGCCUAAGAGCGAUGUUCAUGAAGCAAAUCUUCCUCCAAGAAUACAGAGCAAAGCAAGCCAAGAUCCUUGGCGAGAAAGUUGCUGACGUGGGAGCCGCCGCGCUGCAGAUUCAGAAGGUCUGGCGAGGUUUCCAUCAAAGUAAGAAAACCGAGAAACAGAGAGAGGAGGAGAUGAUAUUCCUGGGUAUGAAGCCACCUCCUCUGUUUAAUGAAGUCAGUGCUACAGUAAUCCAGGCUGAAAAGGUGAGCUCCCUAAGGAAUGAGGUCCAGAUAAAGCAUGAGGAGAACUACAAAGAAGCCUUGGUUACAAUCAAGGAUGACCUGAAAUUAAUAGAAGGUCCAGACAUCAAGGAGAACCUUCAAGACCAGAUCCGGCAUUGGUUCAUCGAAUGCAGGAACUUAACCGGCACAUUUCCUGAAUACCCUAACGUGGAAGAAGGAGGGUCUGCCAUUAUCUUUUCCAACAAGACCCCACAACAGGUUACUGAGGAUAUUAUUGCAAACCAAGAAGAAGAGGAGAAAAACAAAAAGAAGAAUAAGAAGAAGGCCACGACAUCCAAGAAACCUAAAAAAGAAAAGGAAAAGAAAGGCACAAAAGAAAAAAACAAGGAAGAAGAUGAGGGCUGGAAAAUGUCACCAAGUGUCUUCCUUUCUAUGAUGGAGGAAGGAAAUAACGUGUACAAAGGCCUGUGGAAGAAUAAAGACGAGUCAUGGAAUUUCCCCCAGGACUAUGACCCGGAACUGAUCAAACAGGAGAAACGGAAGGAACUGGAGUCGGAGAUCAGAGUGCAGGUGGAUGAGCUAAUGAGACAGGAACUAAAAAACUUGAAACUGGCUGUGGACAGAAAAAAGGAGCCUCCAGUCAAAGCAGCAAAGAAGAAAGGAGGUAAAAUGAAAAAGAAAGGGAAGAAAGGCAAAAAAGGGAAAAGAGGGAAGAAGGACAAAGAUCUGACAGCAGACAGGACCAUUGAGUCUCUGUAUAAGGAACUGGUGGAAGAAGGGUUGCUGAUCCAGGCUCUGAAAGUUAACCUCUCUGAUUACAUCGGAGAGUACAGUUACCUGGGGACCACGCUUCGCCAGGUAUCCAUAGAACCCAUGCCUUCCCUCCUGGAUGUGAGACAGCUCAUCGCCCUGUAUGGGAUCUUGCCACUAGGUUCUGCAACGGUGCAUGAGAAGGCUCCUUUGGUGAAAUCCCUGCUGCUGGCAGGGCCAUCGGGGGUAGGGAAGAAAAUGCUGGUCCACGCCAUCUGCACCGAAACGGGAGCCAACCUCUUCAACUUGUCGGCAGCUAACAUUGCGGGGAAGUACCCUGGCAAAAAUGGCUUGCAAAUGAUGCUGCAUGUGGUCGUCAAGGUGGCCCGGGAGCUCCAGCCCUCCGUGGUAUGGAUCGGAGACACAGAAAAAACCUUCUACAAGAAAGUCCCCAGUGCAGAAAGGAUGUUCGCUCCCUCUGCUGGCCAAGUUGCUACAUUGAAGAAAGUCCCCACGUAUGAACACCUGAAGGCAGGCGUUACUAUGAGCCAGAUCAGAAAUCUAAAGAGGCGUGCGGGGCGUGUGUAA